AUAAAACAGGGAAAAAAGAUGUCGGGGAUGAACCGGGUGGUUGCAACAUGUUGGACUUGCCUCCUGCUCGCUGCUUUCCUGUGUGAGCCGGUGCUGUCCAAAGGGGGACGUGGAGGGUCCCGUGGCUCCUCUCGAGGCACCCACUCCCGGAGCUCCUCGGCGGGGAGUCAACGGGGGUCCGGGCCCUACGGAGGGACCCGCUCCCGCGUCCGGGCUGCGGGCCGGUCCUCCCCGGUGAGGAUCGCAGCUGCAGCGGCAGCAGGGGCGGCGGUGGCGGUGGCGCUAUCAGCGGAUAAAUGGUAUGCCUCUGCCUACAGACGCAGCAACGCAGACAGCUCCGAGGACGUGGAUUACUACAACAGGACCAAUUACUUUGAUUCACAAAUGUCAGGCUCAACAAAAAAUGGAUAUUCUCUUCCUCAACUGGUUUCUAUCAUUAUUGCAACAUUUUCCCAAAAAUAUGGAUUCUUUCAAGACAGUAUACUGUAGAUGUUUAGCUUGUUUUUUAGGAUGAAUUCCUGAUUCUACCCUGGAUCUGAAUAUAAUAUGCAGGAAUGACAGGAAGCUGCACUGGGAACAUCAGAGGUGCAACACAGUGGUGGAUGGACACAAAAACAUAAAUACUGUAUAUUUUGUACACAUAUCUUCUAGGCUAUACCAACAAACACAUGUAUCCAACCAGUAUUCAAUGUGACCUUUCACCUUUAAAGUAGUGCACCUUUGUCAAGUCAGUGUUGGAUAUACAAUGACACAGAACUUUAAUAAACAUAAUAACUAGUUUCCUUCCCUAAAGCUUGAUUCCUAGACCCUAUUGUGAAAAUGUUUUAUCAGGAUUAUCAAAAAUAGAAACACCUUGAUAAGGACUGUUAUCAAACUGUGGGCUGCCACAUUAAAUAGUACUGUAAAUCUUAAUUUAAAAAUACAUCUGU